AUGAGCAACAAUUACAAUUACGGACCUCGCAUGAAAUUCGAAUCUCAUCAAAUGCUUUCAAGUUUCACUCCUCUUCGUACCACUCUUUCUGAAUACGUGGAUGCUGGAGAUAUGAAAGAAGAGAAAAUAAGUCAUUCUGAAUCGUUUGUCACCACUAACAGUAUGUCGAGUAACCUGAAUCAUUAUUGGAAAAAGGUAAAUUCUUUGAAUAAAACGGACUCUUCCAUGAGUAGUAAUUCGACUGUCACUUCGAUUCCAUCUGCUCCAAAAACGUUUGAAUCUUCUUCAAAUACACUCGAUGGAUCUACAAUUACUCCAUCAACUCAUUCUUUGAAAUCAGCGAAAUUGAACAAUUUGAGCGAUUGGCAGUAUGAUUCCAAUAGAAGCGAUUCGUCAAUCAUUGGAAAUCGUAUGAUUUCAUUGGAGAAUUUGGCAGAUUCCCUGAUUGAACCAACGGAAACUCGAGAGGAAAAUCAAUGCUUGAGUCUCCAGAAGCAAGCCCUUGAUGAGUUGGAAACGGAAUCAGGAGAGGAAGUAUUUGCUGAUUUCGAUAAGAAAACCUCGGAUCUUUUGGACCCUACCAUCAAACUGUAUGAAACGAAAGCAAAAGUAGAAAAGUUUGUUGGGAACAACGAGGAAUUUUACAAGGAGAACCAGGCAACUGGUACAAUGAUUUCGGAGAAUGAGAGACUUUUGGCCAGAAUUCGUCAGAAUUUGCCGACAAACAAAGCGAGCUCCGUUCGAUUUCCUGCUUCUGUACAAGAGGAAAAACGUCUCGAAGCUGCACUUUCUAGUAUCAAAAGUUUACUUCAUUCAUUUCCAUUUGAUGAAAAUGAACGUGCCGACUUUGAGUAUACCAUCAAAAAGAUAGAGAAGGAUGCAACUUUCGAAAAGAAAAAGAAAUGUGAAUUGAUAGUUCGUCAUUUGUUGAGCGUGAUGAACAAUUGGGAAGAGAAUCAGUCUACAGUAUCUUUCGAUAGUGAUAACUGGAAUAGUGUAUCAACGAUUGACAGUAGAGAUGAUGUUUUGGAUUUGAAUGUAUAUGAAAACGGUUUAUCCGAUUUGAAAAAUUCAAGUAUCUACGAUUCGAACUUGAAUGAUUUGGAAGGAGAACUGCGUAGUGCAAGCAUUCGAAUGGCUGUGGAAGGACCGAAUGAGACUAUCGAAUGCAGCCCAUGGAAUUCUGCUUCCAACUACUCCGGAUGGUCAUCCAAUUCCAAUUCGCUCGACAGUAUCCAACCUGAUUCUUCAAUGGAAAAUUCAACUUUAUCGUCACUUUCUUCCAACUCAAUUCCAAACCAAACAUUCGAUGAUGCUCACAGAAAUCUGAUUGCCAAUGCUUCAACUAAAACUGCCUAUUCAUCAAGUAGCCCUGUUUCUCCCCGUCCACCGAGAUCAAUCCAUGAAAAAUCAACUCUUCAGUCUGCAACUGGAACUCGUUCAGAUUCUAUUCCUUCUUUCAAUUUUUCAUCAGUUUCUCUUUCUGAUAUGGUAGAUGAAGCACUCCAUACUGCUAAAGAUGCUGCUGAAAACCAAGCCACUCAUCUGAUGACUGCUCUUCAGAAUUCGGCUCGUCAGUGCGGCGUCGUUUUUUCGGAUUUGAUGACUGCGGUUUCAACAAGUUCGGAAACGGAAAGAGGAAAAACGGCGGCCCCAUUUCUAGAAAACGGAAUGAUAAUUGGAGUGAAACGAUCGUUUCGUGUGGAAAAAAUGGUGGGAGGAGGAGGAUUUGGACAGAUCUAUAGAGCUGUUGAUUUGGAGUCGAAACUUGUUGUGGCAGUAAAAGUAGAGCCGAAAUCAUCAGAAUCUGGAAGAAUCGUUCUAGAACUCAACAUUCUUGUUCAGCUUGCACAUUCAUCACAUAUUCCGAAAGUGUAUUAUAGUGGAGAAGUCGGCAUCUACAAUUUCAUUAUUAUGCAACUUCUGGGAUCGAAUAUUGCUGACUUGAGAAAGUUUCAGAGAAGUCGAAGUUUCUCGGUUGAAACUACUUCGAGAGUAGGAAUACAAUGUCUGGAAUGUCUGAAAACAAUUCAUACGCUUGGAUAUAUUCAUAGAGAUAUAAAACCAUCGAAUAUUUGUGUUGGAAUAGGAGAACAUAAACGUGUUCUCUACAUCGUUGAUUUCGGAAUGGCUCGUCAAAUCCGUUUCUCUGAUGGAACAUUUCGUCCAGAACGUCCAUAUGCAUCAUUUCGUGGAACAACAAGAUACGUUUCAUUGACGGCACACGAAAGAAAAGAACAAGGAUUCGUUGAUGAUAUUUGGUGUCUUUUCUUCUCUUUACUCGAAUUAGUUGAAGGACUUCCGUGGAAAAAUAUUGUGGAUCAGGAUCAAGUGUGCAAUGCCAAACGGCUUAUGUUAAAUAACUUCCAGUCGAGAAAAAUGGGUCGUAACUUCGAAAUGUUUCCUCAAAUUCUGGAACGCACUAAACGGAUUGAAACACCAGAUUAUGAACGCUUGAUUGGAAUUCUGAAAUCGUGUUGUCCGAGCUUCAACGAGUUGGAAGAGUUUGAAUGGGAUGAUCACGAUGAACAGUAUCAGUAA